AUGGAACCAAACACAGCAGAAGAAAACUCAACUACAAUCCCAAGCAUCCCAUCCCUCAGUAACGUAUCUACUCCCACAAAUCAAGAUCAACAACAACAACAACAUCAACAGCAACAACAGCCUAUCGUACAACAAGAACAACAACAGGAAGUGGAGCAGAAUCAGAAUCACCAGUCCCUAGCUUCUCAUUUCCACCUCUCGCAUUUGGUGGAGAGUUUGGGUGAUGCAAUUGAUAAUGGAACUCGUGAUCAGCAUUCUGAUGCUUUGAUAAAUGAAUUGAGCAAUCAUUUUGAGAAGUGCCAGCAGCUUUUAAACUCCAUUGGGGCAUCACUUAGUACCAAAGACAUGACUGUUGAGGAACAAAACAAAAAGCUAGGGGAAAGUGAACAAUUGCUAAAUCAAAGGAGGGAUUUGAUUGCCAACUUUAGAAGCACUGUUGAAGACCUCGUUAAGAGCGAGCCAUAG